UUACUUCAGCUACCGGGCCAAAAGAACGAAAGGACCGUAUUAUUAGACCGUGCUCUUAUUUCCAGGUGGAAUUGAAAUAAAAGAAAUAAUAUAGUUAUACUCAAUCUGGUUCAUAGUCUUUAUACCCAAUUUUGUCGAUUGUUAGAUCACCAUUCAUUCCAGUUCUUGGAAACUCAUUAUUUCAACGGUAACACGUUUUCUAGAAAGCUCUUCAUGUGGUAGUUGGCUAAGUAGCUAAUUAGCCUAUCAAAUCUUGCAGGGACUUUGAUGGGUUCAGUGCAUGCAGUGACGCCGAUUUCCCGCAAAUAGGAUAGCUGUUAUUAUUUGUAUAAGGGUAUUAUAACGUACGCUGUGAAUUUAGUUGUCAGCUGAAAGUGUGCGUAGCAGCCCGAACAGUAAAUUAACGUUAUCGAUACCCAGCUCACCACUCCUCCAUCUGAGGUUAGCUAGCAUCGUGGAGUACCAGGAACAUGUCGGAUUUUGAUGAAUUCGAGAGGCAGUUGACAGAAAACAAACAAGCAGACCGGGACAAGGAGAAUAAACACCAUGGGCGCAGCCGUUCGCGAAGUAGAAGCCGGGAGAGAAAACGGAGAAGCAGAGAUCGGGACAGAGACCGGAGGACAAGCAGAGACCGACACGGAGACAGCAAAGAUCGCAGACAGAGACGCAGCCGUUCGCCACACCGUGAACCAAAAAAGAAGAAAAUCAAGAAGUACUGGGAUGUGCCACCUCCUGGCUUUGAACACAUCACUCCCAUGCAAUACAAAGCCAUGCAGGCUGCUGGUCAGAUUCCGGCCACUGCCCUACUUCCCACCAUGACCCCUGAUGGCCUGGCAGUCACCCCCACCCCUGUGCCCGUGGUGGGCAGCCAGAUGACCCGACAAGCUCGUAGACUGUAUGUUGGCAACAUCCCGUUUGGCAUCACUGAGGAGUCCAUGAUGGACUUCUUCAAUGCUCAGAUGAGAUUGGGUGGACUGACUCAGGCACCAGGCAACCCCGUCCUUGCAGUGCAGAUCAACCAGGAUAAGAACUUUGCCUUUCUGGAGUUCCGUUCAGUUGACGAGACGACUCAGGCCAUGGCCUUUGACGGGAUCAUCUUCCAGGGCCAGAGCCUGAAGAUCCGCCGGCCGCACGACUACCAGCCGCUGCCAGGCAUGAGUGAAAACCCCAGCGUCUAUGUACCAGGAGUGGUGUCCACGGUCGUGCCAGACUCGGCUCACAAACUCUUUAUUGGCGGCCUUCCUAAUUAUCUCAACGAUGAUCAGGUGAAAGAGUUGUUGACCUCGUUUGGGCCUUUGAAAGCCUUUAACCUGGUGAAGGACAGUGCCACUGGCCUCUCGAAAGGCUACGCCUUUUGUGAAUAUGUUGAUGUAAACGUCAGUGAUCAGGCCAUCGCGGGGCUGAAUGGCAUGCAGCUGGGUGAUAAGAAGCUCCUGGUGCAGAGAGCCAGCGUGGGCUCCAAGAAUGCCACUCUGACCAGUAUAAACCAGACGCCGGUGACGCUGCAGGUCCCUGGCCUGAUGAACAGCUCCAUGAACCAGAUGGGUGGCAUCCCCACGGAGAUUCUGUGCCUGAUGAACAUGGUGGUGCCCGAGGAGCUCCUGGACGACGACGAGUACGAGGAGAUCGUGGAGGACGUGCGGGAGGAGUGCGGCAAGUACGGCCAGGUGAAAAGCAUCGAGAUCCCCAGGCCUGUGGACGGAGUGGAAGUGCCGGGCACUGGCAAGGUAAACUCAACUGGGAUGCUCUGGCUUCAAAUAAAGACCCAGUCAGAUUUUUGUAGAGUUCAUGUCUGUCUACGACUCCCAGAAGGCCAUGCAAGGGCUUACAGGAAGGAAGUUUGCCAACAGGGUGGUGGUGACCAAAUACUGCGACCCCGACGCCUAUCAUCGUCGUGACUUUUGGUAGGGGUGCGGGGAGGAGAGCGCGUUGAUGGAGAGGGAGGUGAGAGCGGAGUGACCAGUACUCAGUUGGCUUUGUCUAUAUGGAGGAAUUUCUGAAGAAGAGGGCAAAGGAAGCGGGAGGGCAAAACUGGUUUUAUCAGGAAAAACAAGCGAUGGGGAGAGCUGUCCGAUAGAAUAGAUGGAGUAGUGUGCUAUGUGAUCAUUUCAUCAGUGAGCAAGAAUGUGUAAUAUGAAUUACUGUGUUCUUCUGUUCUGCCUCUUGUUUGAGAUCUAGAUGUUGUUAAACUAUUGAAUUGAGGUCAAAUGGGUACUGGGGGACCUUUUAUAUGAAUUAAAUUUAAAGAUUUCAUCACAA